AUGGCUACCCUUAGUGUCCUUACUUUUGAUGCUAAGGGCCGUGCCAUUGACUUUGAGGUAUGGGUCGAUGACCUCCAGCUGUUUCUCCAAUGCGAUAGGGCACACGGAGUCUCUCUCUUUGAUCUCACCUCUGGUGCCUCUCCUGCCCCGCCUGCUACUACUGACACCACUUUUUGCUCACAGUGGGCCACACGCGAUGCUGCUGCUCGCCUUGCUGUGUUUUCACGCUACUCUUCCCCUGCCACUGGUGCACUGAGCCGCCUCAUGCUACCGUACCUUUUCCUUGACCUUGCUGCCUUCCCCACAGUAGCUGACCUCAUAACGCAGCUCCGCAUUAGUGACACUCGCUACCGCACUGCGCUUCGUGCUGAAUUCUGCGCCAAGAACCCCCCCCCCCCCCCCUUGUACGUCACCCUCUACUACAUAGUCACCCGGCUCUCUGACUCUCUCCGUGUAGUCAGGGACCACUUCCUCUCAGUUUGCCCAACCACUCUCACCGUUGACCUCCUCGAGAAGAGCAUAGUCGCUGUAGUAGCCUCUCGUGGUGACCCUCACACCCCCGUCUUUGAGGGGUGUUCCCCCUCCCCCCUCUUGCCCUCUAUUGCCUCUAAUGCUACGGCCGACAUCGUUGGUUUCGAGUCGGUCGGCGCUGCGUCUGCCCCGAGCGGGAGACGCCGCACCGGCAAGGGCAAGGGGGGCAAGGGCGUUGGAGGGGCUGGCGGGGGCGGUGUACAUGGUGGUGGAGGCCGUGGAGGGGGUGGGGGUGGUGGUGGGAGUGGUGGCGGGGGUGGAGGUGUCGGUGGCAGCAGUGGAGGCGGAGGAGGCGCGGCGGUGGCGAAGUGA